UCGGCUUUAUAUCAGAAUGAAAAUGAAAUGUAUUAAUGAAUUUGACCUGGGGUUCGCUUUCUUUAGUUACCUUGUUGUGAUGUAGACUGGGCCAGUGAGAGUAGGUCAUUACUUUAUACUUCUUAGCUUAUACAUACAUUAUAUGCGUUUUAUAUACGUUAUACGUUAUAUUAUACGUAUAUUUACGUUAUUGUAUGUGUAUGGAAGAGUCUAGUAUGGCAAUUGCAAAGCAGGACUAAAUACUUACAGUAUACAUCACCAUCUGUUAAAACUAAGAAGGACAUCCAUCAUUCCUUAUAUAAACCACAAAAAUGCCAGGAGAAAGAGAAUCCGUCACGCUGUCACGACGAAGCUCUAGAAGUAGUUCUGGAUUGGUCUAUUCUGGAUCUAAAUCAACCAAUCACGUACCAGGCACUGUAGGAUACGCAGCAGAGCGCGAAAAGGCAAAAUCAUUAUCUGGCAUCACUAUCCAAGACCUAAGAAAUAAACGAUUGUAUUUUCGAGCAAGAUACCCCAGUCAGUUUCACGAGUCCUACGUGUCAGGGUACCGAGUCCGAGGCUCAGGAGAACACCUUCCCGAUGUGCCCAUCUGCUACAAAACACCUUCAAAAUACGUGUUGCAGCCUAGGAAACUGGACUGUGCGCACCAGAAGAUGCACGCAGUGCCUAUUUUCACCCGUAGACAGCGAGGUCAAAAUAUUGAUGUUCGAGAUCUAAGGAUGCCGGAGUUUUAUGGUCCGUUUUGUAAAACAAAGGGGAGAAAUGCUGGAAAGUUUUUUAAGAAAACUGCCCAGGCUGAUAGCUCGCAUGAGCAAUGGCAAAAUGUAAGAAGCACAUGCAGUCACCAAUCAGUUCUUGACGAAACCAACCUAACUCAACCUCUAUCCCAAGGGUAUACAGAAACUGUUGACUGGAGUAACAACAAUCAAGCGAACGAAACCCUUGAAUAUGAUGGGGGUCACGAAACCGAGGACCAUAGGGAUUUAUAUUUAGACUCGGUUGGAAGCGAAAUAUCGGACACAGAUAAAGAUCCAAUAGAUUUAGAUCUGCAAUAUAUGUAAGAAAGAAUAAAAAGUGAAUCCGAUUCAAUACUAGUGAACGUUAUUAUCAGGGUACCUGCAGUAUAGUUAGCCAUGGGGAAAGGGGGGGGGGGGCGUUAACGUAGGACACAAUUUGACCCAGGGUUUGAAUAUCCCAUUAGAAAUGACUCUGGAAUAAAGGAGAAAAUAAAAUAAUUGAAUUUUGUCUCUCUGUUACUCAGUUGAUUAUAUAGUACUUUCAUAAUCAGGGGGCAAUUUUGAUAUCUUUAAGGUAAACAUGGUCAAACUGAAACAAAGGCCAAAAUACAAAUGUAUGUACCGAUUUCAUCC